AGAGGUUUUAAGACUGUCAGCCUAAGUGGGUGGACUGGAUGGUUUAAUCAAACAGCACGAGAGAGAGAGUCAGAGAAACGUCUUCUGCACAGUGAGUCUGAAUGAACUUUUUUUACCUCUUCUGAUUGAGACUUUAGAGGAAGGCUUUGGUGGGACUUUUCUGAUUGGUUUUUGGAGUUUCUGCAGAGUCUGAUUUAGUGACUCUCCUGCUCUGAUUCUUGAAUGAUUCUUGAAUUUUGCACAAACUGGGGUCUAUAUAACACUACUUAACUAAAGCAUUUCUUUAAAACCUCUACAUCUCUACUUGUCAAACAGUUAAAACACAAAUAUGUCUAAUUCAAACACAAGAAGCAAACAAUUUGACAUGUUAUGCUUCUGUGUAGGAACUUUAAGAUUAAAACUGCUUAAAACUCCUUUUACAAUCCUUUGAAAUAAGUGUAUUUGUUUUUUUUCCUCUGGUGAAAUAAUGACCCAGUUUGUCUGGAUGAAGGGUUCUGUCUUGUGUAUCAGCUUCACCAAAACAAUCUGGUCUCUGUGCAAUAAUAAAAACAUUCAGAGUCCCUUUGAAUCCCUCAGAGACGAUCUCAGUCACUAUUUUUAGUUUGGAGUCACUGCUGCUCUAAGUUUACAUUAAUGCUCCAUAUCUAAAAAGCUUGCAAACUGACCUCACAUCACUCUGCACUUCCCCUGUCCGCCACUAUGUGCUGCUCUAAAAACAUUUAUUUUUUAAUACACGAAGUCGGAUAUAGAGAGGACCAGAAAUAUAAAAAUAAAAGUGAGAUUUUUUUUUAAAACACACUGACAUUUCUCUCUUAAAAUUCUGACUAUUUCAUAAUCUGACUUUUUUCAUCAGAAUUUUGACUUUUUUUAAAAAAAAAGUAGAAUGCUAAGUUUCUUUCACAGUUGACUUUUUUGCUUAAAUUUUCCUUUUUUUUCCCCUCAGAAUUCUGUAUUUUUUUCCUUGUGGUAAGCCAAACUCUGAUUUAUUUUUUGGUCAAUUUGACUUUUUCAGAAUUCUUAAUAUUUUUUAAAAAAGAAAGCUGACUUUUUUGCCUCAUAUAUUAAGUAUUUUCCAAGGAUUUUUGUUCCCCCCUCUUCAGAACUUUUUUUUUUUUUUUACUUUUACAGGAAACAGAAGUUUUUAACUGUAGGAUUUUUUAUUUGAUAACAUUACAACAACUUUAUUUCUGUAUAAAAAUAACUUCAAAAUCUGAAAUCGUCAAUGGGUUCCUGGUGCUCUAUUGUACGCUAGAAAUGUUGUCUUUGUUUAGCAUUACUUGGCUAACUUUAGGUAGUGUUGCAAAAUACUGGAAAACUCCGAAAAAAAUAACUACAAUCCCCACCUCAUCCCUUGAAACGGUUAAAUUACUACUUAACCCUAACCCAUCUUUAUCGUGUGAAUGUCUUUUGGUCCUCGAUGGCCACCGUAGCCUCAGUGUUACAGCAGAGGUUGUUGAAGAAGUUUUCUGGUUGUGGUUAAAAUACACGUUGUGAUUACGAAAUGACUAAGUAAGAGGAUAUGCUCGACAAGUUGAUGUUAGAGUGACUCAGAACAGCUUGAACUGCCUGCCUGAAGUAGCUCCUAGGUGACACUUCCUGCUUGGUAUUCGGUUUGGUAUUUAGACUGAAAAUGCUUACAGAUUUUCGAGUCAGACCAAAGUGAAGAUGAUGGAGCCAAUUUCAGAGAAAUGAUAAUAGAUUUAAACUGGGUUUUAACAUCUUUAGCGGUCGAUGGUACAUGUUCAUGACUUCAGUUUGCUCAUAGCCAACAGUAUCAUGUGUGGUCUACCCACACUAUGGUCUAACCACACAGUAAAACAGCAUGUACUGAGUCACCCGAUGGUACAUAACAAGAUGCUGACUAGUCUGUAUUUCAAAAUCUUGAGCAGAACUUGUAUGUUUUUUUUACAGAGCGGCCAAAUUCCUGAGAGGUGGUAAGUGAAGCUGGUUUUGGAAUCUGAGAUGGUUUGGCAGAGUCUCGAUGGUGGGGGAGAGGACAGCAGAGUUUUUCUUUUUAAUCUCACAGUAAAGAGGUCCUUUCUAUCUGGCUGUAUCCAGCUCUGACCCUCCUCAGCAGCUCAGUGAGGAGGGGGUCGGCCAGUUUUGAUCAGAUCGGCGUCUGUUGACAUUCCUCUGCUGAUAAGAAACCUCUUCCUUCCUGGUGGUGGCCUGAUGCUCCACCUUGUCCUUUCUCUGUUUUUCUUUCUUUUCACUUUGUUUUCUGUCAGUCAGCAGUUAUUUUUGUAAGAAGUCGGCCUGGAGCGUGCCGUUCUGACUCUCCUUUACAGUAAAAGCCUGAAAGCUGCACAGAUUUUUCUGGUCGGACUGCAAACUUAGAGCUCUUUGAGAUUUCCUUGAAAUUUCACCUGCAUUUGUGAAACAGGCACUGUAGAGCAAAAAAAAUGCAGUCCCUUGAAUGUCCACUGGGGGUGUCUUCAAAAGUGACUCAUACUCCAUAGAGCCCCAUUGUAAAACUGUACAACAGAAAAAAAAACACAUUUACGGCCAGAGUUGUAGUAUCUUGACCAGGACCAGGACUUGAGUCCCAUUCAAAUCCCAUAGCUGUCCUCUUAGAAAAUGAAUGCUUGGGUAAAAAGUUUCGCCAUUUUCUGCUUUUCCGCUGUCUGCCCAGGCGCUUUACAUUGUGGGUAACAGAAGACGAAGCAGACUGGUCCAAUGCAUACUGUUAAAUUUUCCUGAAUCAAUAUGUCAUCCAGGAAUUUUUGGCAUACUGCAAAUUUCGCAUUUCUUCGCCUACUGCAUACUGGAUUUUGGCCAAAUCAGUACGUACUGCAAGUAUAGUGGGAGAAUUGGAAAACGGCCUUGGACUCUGACUCAGGCUCUGGUAACGAGAACUUGGACUUAAACUUGUGAAGCAAGUCAGACUCUGAUUCAGACAAUUUAGCGCUGAUGUGGUGACUGGAACUGGAUUGUUGGCUCACUUCUAAAUGAAUUAAUUCAGGUCAUUUAGAAAAACUGAGUAAGUGCUGAACUCUGAGUUGGUCCAGCUGUUGCUUCAUCAUCUCCAGUUUGAGUGACUGUUUCAUCCUGCAGCAACUUUCCUGUUGUUAUCUUCUUGACCUCAUUCCAGCCACAGCCAGCAGCAGCUUUCACUCUCACUUGACCUCUCUCAGUCUGCCGCUUUGCAAACACAACACUCAAAAACAAACGUCCUUUAUGCUCUCAGUGAUUCCAGAAAGCUGCAGAGUUUACAGCGUGUAGCGCCGGCUGAAAGCUCUGCGUGUCUCUGUGAGCUGAAUUUGUGCAGUGAAUUGGCCUCUGGUGCCAUUAAAGUCUCUACCUAACAACUACAGGAAGUAAGAAGUCACAUGAUGAGAGUGUGGGUGUGUAAUUUGGCGACCUGUCAGUUAUGAACAUUCUUUAUAACCUGAUUCUGUGUGUUGUCAGUGUUGCUUUGACACGUGACGGACUGUGUUUUGUAUUCGCAGGUCUGCGUCUGUUUUCAGGAUUAAAUCAUGGGAGCCAACGACCCGACCCGGUGCUCUGACCCUUCAGGGUCACGACCUCCUGCCCCUCGCAGGAGCCCCUUCAACAGCAUUAAGGUAUGUCUCUGCUCUGUUUGCACCAGGUUUGCUCACACUUGAUGCACAUACAGUUGUGUUCAAAAUAAUAGCAAGAUAAAUCACGGUUUUUGUUAAAAUUUCAACUUCUACCCUGCAGGUAAGUUUCUGGAAGGUUUAGUAAAGGUAGAGAAAACCAACAAACCCAACAGACAUGACAUACAUUCUGCUGAUUCUGUGAAACUGAAUCAUUUGCUGAAAGGAGUGUGUUAAAAAAAUAGCAGUGCUGAGUUCAAAUAGUGAGGUCAUUGAUUAUAUGAAAAAAAUAGGUGUUAAACAGGUGGCCCUCAUUUAAGGAUCAAGGCAACUAAUGCUGCAUACGCUGGCUGUGCAUUUGUCCUUGAAAAACAGAGUAAAAUGGGUCGUUUGAGACACUGUUUAGAGGAAGAGCGUUCUUUGAUAAAGAAAUUAAUAAAAGAGGGAAAAAAGUGCAGAAAAUGAUAGGCUGUUCAGCUAAAAUCAUAUUAAACACUUUAAAAUGGCAGCCGAAACCCAAAAGGCGCAGAAGAAAAAGAAAAACGACUAUUCGAAUGGAUCGUAGAAUAACCAAAAUGGCAAAGGCUCAGCCGAUGAACAGCUCCAGGAGGAUCAAAUAUGAUCUAAGAUUUAGGCCUGUGAGUACAUUAACAAUCAGAUAACAUCUAUGUGAAGCCAAGCUACCACAAAGAAGCCAACCAAAGUCCCGUUGUUACAAAAAAAUACAUGUGCUGAAGCAGUUACAAUUUACCAACGAACACAUUGACUGGCCAAAAAAGAAAUGGCUUAAUAUUUUGUGGACGGAUGAGAGGCCUCACCAGUGCCGUUUUAAAGGAGGUGGGGAAGACCCCUGUCUGAAGAGAGCAAUUUACAAUGUUUAAAAGCUGUUCUUCAAAGAAUCCAUAAAAUUGUUUAAAAAACUGUGUGGGAAUUGGAUCUAAAAAGGCAGGUUGUGGGGUUUACUUGGGAGAAAACUCGACCAAGUGUCUGCGCAUCAACCAGUGCAAAACUCUCCAGUGUUUCCUCGGGUAAAAGCAGGGAUCCAGGUGUGGUGGCAGUUAACAUCUGUUGAGAUAAAACACUGGAUCUGAUGUUGUCGAUUUUACUUCUGAAGUGGUCUGCAAAAUCCUCACAGAGGGUGUCAGAGGAUGACCCAGGGGUUCUGUUAAAAUUAUUGUUAGUUAAAAGAUCAAUUGUAGUAAAAAGAAAUCUGGGGUUAUGUUUAUUGUCAGCAAUUAGUUUUUUGUAGUGGAGAGUUCUUGCAUGUUUGACUGUGCUGUUGUAGGUUUUGAGGUGGUGUUUAAAAAUUUCAAGGUGGACUGUUAAUUUCGAUUUUCUCCAUCUUCUUUCAGCACUCCUGCAUUUUCGUUUGAGCUCUUUGAUGUGCUCGUUUCUCCAUGGGGGGAGAAAUUGUCUGAGAGGACUUGAUAGUUAUGACGAUGUUUGGCAAAGCUGGACCUGUAUUGUGAAAUGCUAAGAGAGAGUAACACAAAAAUGGAAACUGAAAGCAUAAAAGAUCAGUGUUUUAAAAAAUGUGAUUUUAAGUCUGUAAAUCCUGGAAUUGUUUUAAAAUCAACAGUGUCCCGGUGGUCUCUGCAGGACCUGUCGCCGACAAAAACAGUCUUGUGAGCGUAACUAAAGAGUCAGUGGGUUUUCCUGGAUGUUUCUUUGAAAGUGGAGCUGUACUCUUUGGCUCUUUGUUGCUCCUGAUGUUUUCUUGCUCUCACAGAGGAGGUCACUGUGUCUGAGAGAAACUGGUCUUCCUGAGGGUCAUCCUGGUAUUGUUUAUGAGGUCUCAGGCCGUCAUGUAACUCUUUGGAGGUCACUGUGUCAUAAAGUUCUCACUCUUUCACUUUGUUUUUGAGUAACUUUUAGUUUUAUUCCUGUCUGUGUUAGUCAAAGUUUGUUCUCUGGAAGUUUGGGCCUAAAACAGUGAAUCUGAUCCUUAGGGUCUCUAUAACCACAGCUGUUCUUCUUCUUCUUGUGUUUCUCUGCAGUUCUUCGUCCUCUGUCACAGUCUGCUGCAGCUGGCUCAGCUCUUGGUGUCAGGCUACAUGAAGAGCUCCAUCUCCACCAUCGAAAGACGUUACGGCCUCUCCAGCCAAAAGUCUGGGCUCCUGGCAUCUUUCAACGAGGUCAGACUGGGACAUUAAUAGAGGAAAAAACAACACGGUUUCAAAAAACGGACAAAUAUUCAAACUGCAGAAGAGUUGGAUAGACACGGUCUGCAAAUACAGAAAUGGGACAACUCUAGAAACACAUGAAAAAGUCCAAAACAAACACACAAAUGAUGCAAAGUGACAACGCACAAAAGCUCAGAGUAGCAAAGCUUUACCCCCCGAUUUUCACCGUCUUUCCAUGCGGUGGAAAUUGGAGGUUACUGUUGAAGGGAUAAUGAAGACCAGACGGUGACUUUAUCUGUGACCGAUGUACAUUGGCAGAUUUUGGCUGACGAUGAUCUCAUGUCUUCUGAGCCAAACCAGAACUGCAUGAGUCUGUAAAUUAAACCCAAACUGCUGGGUUUGUUUUGGACUUUUACAUGUAUUUUAAAAGUUGCAUUGUUUCCACAUUUGCAGCAUAUUUUGCCUGAAGAGGACAGUUUGGGCUUUUGUAGAUGGACUAUCCUCUGGUGCCUCAAAUUUCUUGGUUGUAUGACUUUUUGUUUUUUGCGUGUUUUGUCGUUUUGUGUGUAUUCAGGUGGGGAACACGGUGCUCAUUGUGUUUGUGAGUUUUUUGGGGAGUCGGGUCCACCGGCCGCGGUUCAUUGGAGGCGGAGCUCUGUUGGCCUGCAUGGCCUCGUUGCUGAUAGCGAUGCCGCACUUCUUAAGUGAAAAGUACGAAUACACGGACCAGAUGAGCUGUGAGACCUACGCACAAACACACUCCUUUAUUUCCUUACAUGUUGCAGCUUGUUACAAACAUUUCCACCAACAGAGACAACCUCAAGUGGACACUCAAAUAGGAACUGCAGUUUAUUUGUACUUUUGCCGUAGUCUAAAUUCUGCUCUAGAGUCUUUAUAAUCUGAAUUGUUGUCCUGUUUUUCAUGUCGAUGUGUUUCCUGACAGUGUCCGGUGAUAACACCUCAGGCCUCUGCCAAUCAGACAACAUCUCCACCACCUCAUCCACCAAUCAGAGCUGCAACUUGCAGGAGAGCCCCGCCCAGCAGGUGGUGUAUCCUCUGCUGCUUCUCGGUCAGCUGCUGCUGGGGAUCGGGGCCGUCCCCAUCCAGCCCUUUGGCAUUUCCUAUAUUGACGACUACGCCAGCAAGAAGAACUCGCCGCUCUACCUCGGUACGCCUGCUGAGGAGUCACUCAGCGUUACUUCACAGUGUGAACAACAGCAGCUAGAUGUUGCCAUGACGAGUAUUUGCAGUUUGCAGGAGAACCUGACUUUAAACUUGUACUGACCUCACAUUACAUGAACAAGAUGAGGGUUCAUUCAGUAAAUCAACAGUGUGAGCUGCAGCCAAUUCACAUCACAGUCUGUUUGAAACCAUCAGGUUAGUUAUGAAAGUCUCUGCACUCAGGCAGAACUGACUCUGUGUGGAAACACUCUGAUGUAACAGCCUCAUGUGAGCGAAUCUGCUGAGUGAGAGAAGCCUGAGGACUCUGCAGACUCUCUUUUUCCAGACCUGGGGUUCCUGGAAGCAGUCCGACUUUAAACACUGAGGUCUUCAGUUACUGUAACUGAUGCAGAAAUACUUCCUGGUUCCUUUAGCGAUUUUAUGAUCCAUAAAAAACACAGUUAACUGUAUCCGCUGUUUAUAAGAUCUUCAGGACUGAAGCUGCCUGCUUUAAAUACAACACUAAACCAGUCAUGUCAAAAUCAGACUGGUUAUAUAACUGAUAAUACACCUGGUGAAGGUUCACAACAAAAAAUAAUAUGCUUUUCGCUCGCCCAAUCUGGAUUCUAGUUUGCAUAACCCCUUGCACACUCAGCAUUAAUGUGGAUAAUGGAUUAUUACCCAGCUACCAGCUGCAAGGCACAAACAAGUUGACUCUAAACGUUAAUUUAAAGAUGAUUCUAUAGAUUAAAAAUAAGCCUCUCUCAUGCUCAUUCUGUCCCUUUGGUUUUCAGACACAAACAAACACCUUCUAUCCUCUCUCCUCCUUUCUCCUCCUGUUGCUGUAUGAUCUUGUUGAAUACACAGCAGUGUACGGUCAAACACAAUGAUUUUAUUACUCUGGUUAAAGUUCAUAUGUCAACACUGAUUUUUUUCCUGCUCGUGUCUUUCAGGCAUCCUCCUGGCUGUGACUUCCAUUGGCCCGGCCUUCGGCUUCAUCACCGGCUCCAUGAUGCUGCGGUUUUAUGUCGACUUUGACAAGUUAUCCAAAGGUGAGGAAACACACUGGGCUGAUGAUUCCCAGCUGGACUGAGACACUGAAUAAACCUCCAGUUAAGCUUAUUUAUCACUCUUAUUCUUAAAGGAGUGGGAGGACUUCCUGCUAAAGUCACUAAACUUUCGCAGGAUGUAUUAGUGUUGCUGUGAAAAGCUGAAAUCCUCCAUGACAACGUUAAAAACAGAGCAGAGGGCAGCUGCAGAGAAGACAAAUGUCCGACACAGAGUUAGAUCAACAUGUUCACGCUCUCUGAAGCUCUGAGAGGUUCUCAACCACUGACAUGAUUUGACAUUUGGUUCAUUUGGCACACUAAGUCAACUAAAGAGGAAGUUUUGAUAUUUUUGAACUAUUAAGAUAUUACGGGCUUUAAAUGACUCAAGGUGUUGUUGCUCCUGAUCAACUUUACAGUAAAAUACUCUAAUUUUGCAGAGUUUCUUGGUAAUGAAUCAGUAACUUAAAACUUGUUAACUUUAGUAGAUGGGUAGAUAGUGAAUAGGCUGUGUCUGUGUUGGUUCUCAUUCAACCUGGCCUUGGUUGUCCAGAUCUUCAAGGGCAACUGGACUUGGUUGGAUCAAAGUGUGAAAUCUAUGCUGCGUUCAAGUUACCUCGGAGAUCAGAUGUCGGAGCUGAGAAUGACGUCACACCCGAGUUAACAGCGUUUUAGUUACAAAGUUGGAAAAAAUGCGAAAUUGGAGGCGGAAACAAAAUGACUACAUCUACAAAAGUUAUUUUAGCGCUUGCCUUGUCCGAAUAUAAGCAAAAGACAAGGCAAGCUUAAAGGGAUGUUCCGGCGUAAAAUUAAUUUAGGGUCAAACACCAUGACACUGAAUUAGACACCCCCUCCAGAGAUUAAUGUUGCCAACCGCUUACCUCUCCAGUUUUACCAACUUUAGUAACGACCGCACGAUAGCAAUACACAGCGAUCUGAGGAGCCAUAAACAAACCUCAACCAAAACGCCACUCUAUAGCCACAAAUAAUGCUCAGAACAGCACCUAACUUCAUCAACAGUACAUAUAGGGUCCCAGCCAUAGUACCAGCCACCAAACAUCAAAGAGACUAAACACAACUCACCUACUCUCUUCCAGCAGCCGCUUGUUUUGUAGUGAGACCUCAGGCCAGUCCAUUACAGACUACAGCGGGGUGACGCAGCUCAAGGAAGAACAUUUAUGAACAUUACUUUUUCAUUUCCUUGAGGUAAUAAUCACCAUAUUAAUCAUUUUGCACUGCAGACACUGUAGGUAGUUCUUAUACCUUAGUGUCUCAGUCUAAUUGCAUUUCCAUGAAGAAAUGAUCAUAAAUGUUCUUCCUUGAGCUGCGAAACUCCGCUGUAGUUUGUAAGUUAGUCUGUAGACUAUAGAGUGGCGUUUUGGUUGAGCAUGUGGCUCUCUGUAUUGCUGUCUGUGGUUGUUACUAAAGUUGGUAUAACUAGAGAAGCAAGUGGUCGGCAACAUUCAUCUCUUGUGGGGGUGUCUAACUCAGUGUUACGGUGUGUUUGACCUUAAAUUAAUUUUAUGCCGGGAUAUCACUUUAAAUAACUUUCGUAGAUGUAGCCAUCUUGUUUCCGCCACUGAUUUUGCUUUUUUCCAACUUGGUAACUGAAACGCUGGUAACUCAGGUGUGACAUCAUUCCCAACUCGGACAUCUGACUUCCGAGGUAACUCGAACGCAGCAUUACCUUUUUAUCUCAGUAUUCUCAGUAUUCCGAAAAAUGUAACAUCUUAAAAAAUAAGAUUACAUUCCGAAUUCUGUCUGUGUAGGAUCUGAUUUAUCUAGGUCAUAUUUAUUCAAUUCUUCGUUGAAAGAGGAACCGGACUUGACAUUUCGCCUGAGGUGAAACGUGUUCAGGAACCUCAAGUCAAUUUUCCCUUUCAACAAAGGAAUGAAUAACAAGAGGCUUUAACUCAGUAACGAGUCAUUUCUUACUCAUUAACUUUUUUGUUGAACCCUUGACCCUUGACUCAAAUUUUUCAUUGACGGUAGUGUAACCCUUUCAGACAAACAAACCAGCACCCUGUCUGUGUCUUCUGCUGAUAUUUCAGGACUUGACACUGUGAGAGUUUGUUGAUGUUCAGUUGACGUGCGACAGUUUGUUUGUUUGAUUCCUCUGUGAUUAAUGAAGCUUGGCUUUCUGUGAAGGCUUGUCUAAACAAAAACCACUUUCCUUGCCGAUGUGUGGCGUGUGAAUGAAAAGAAGAGGGAUUGUGCAACUAAGAGUGUGUAGUAGUAGUGUGUGUGUGUGUGUGUGUGUGUGGGAAAGACUUUGUGAGUGUUAAAGCAUGCAUGUGUAAUGUGUAUAUUUAAGAGGACAUGGUUGUUUAUAUAGGACUUCUUUUGUCUUAUAUUCCAAACAUCAGCAUGCGUGUGUGUGCUCUGAAGCACUCAGGCACUAAUGUAAGGGUAUGAGCACGUUUGUGUGAAUGUAAAGGGUUAAAGGAUUCUCUGUCUCCCACCUUGUUCUUUCCAGAAACCUGUAUUUUACUGCCAGAUGAGCCGUUUAUUGCUGCUGGUGUUCUGUGACUCAUAUAGUUGUUUUCUCAAUUGACAUUUCUGCAGAAAACGUUAACGUCAGCACACAAAUUAAAUAUGGUAUCUUUCCUUGGUUGAACAGGUUGAACAUUUAGGGUUAAAAAUUUUAAUAGACGAUCUUUUAUUUUGUUGAGAAUUUCAUAACUAUAAGCCUUUUCAGAUGUUGCAGAGCCUGAACACAUCUGUCAUUUUUGAGUGUAGAGCUAAUGAUGAGCUAUUGUGGUCUUUGGUAACACGCCGUUUCCUUGAUAUGAAGACUAUGAAUUCAGUUUAAUGCAUGAGAUGAGAUGCACAUAAAAAGAAAACUGUUGGUCGAAGGACUUUAAACAUUAGAGAAACUUUCCCACAGUACUUUGACUGUCAUCUUUGGUGUUUUUUCAGACCAGAUUGAGUUGGAUCAUAAGGACCUGCGCUGGGUGGGAGCCUGGUGGCUCGGCUUCCUCGUGGCUUCCUGUCUCCUCUUCCUCACGGCGCUGCCUUACCUCUUCUUCCCCAGAAAGAUGCCCAAAGAGGUGAGCACGAACAGUCCCACCCACAUACAUGUUUAAAGGUGAUAUCACUCGUUGUGUUUCAUCAUCAAAUCUGAUGAUUUGAGUUUGAGAUUUGGCUGCUGUUUGGUCGGUGUUUUGGGGCCAGAAGUGCAAAUAUUAAUGAUUGAGGAUUGAAGUAUGAGAGGUUCGUUAUUUGGAUGCUAAACUUUGUCAUUUAUGUUGUUGAUUUUAAUCAUAGACUGUAAAUAGUAUGGACUGUGUCUUCCUCCUCACUGUGUGAAACCACCGUGAGAACAGCACCCUCUGGUGACGGGCUGCAGUAUAGGUCAUAAACCCCACCUCCGCCAGUAAAUGGAGCUAAUGGAGCUGUGGAAAACCUUUAGAAAUUUAUUACAGAGAAUAUAAAUGUUUCUCCCCUCUGGUUGCGAUGUUGCGAUGUAGUUACUGUCAGACUGGUUUGUGCUCAAGUCCUCUUUUUUCUGUACAGCUCCAUUUUUAAAAGUUAUUAGGGGGUUCAUGAUUUCUUUGAUUGACACUUUAUACAGCCUAUGGGCGUAUGAAGAUUGCGUAGCUCACCCGGGAGAUACGCUGUUUGAGCCGAGCGUCAUCACAGGGACUCUCCUGCCAAAUGUGUACAAUGCUGCACAAUGUUGGUUUCAGGAAAUGGAGAGAAAACGCAGAAUUACCGAGAGCUUUUUAGCUUCAAAUCCGUAUACUGGCGGAAGGUGGAACCAAGUUGUCCAUAGUAUAUACAGUUUAUGAUUUUAAUCUUUACAAGCUGAAAUUUGAGCCAUCUCAUUGUUAGCGUGAACUGGCACAACACCAAGUAUGUUUACAUGCACCGUUAAAGUAACGCCAUGAUAGUAGCUACGAUUAGCAGUUAAAGUCAUUUUCAUUAGUUUAGUUUAUGGGGAAAAAAAACGAGGAUGUAGAUGAGUUAAGGUUGGUACAAUCAUGAAACUUGUGAAAUUUAAAGCCAGUUAGUACCAUGUAUUUUUUAACAGGGUGGUGCUCUGACUGUAGUUGAGAAAUGGACAGAUUGAAGUAUUUGUCCAAGUUUUCUGCCUGUUUAAAGGAAGUUUUUUCCCUCACCACCGUCACUCAUGUUAGAUGAGAUGGGCCAAAUCCCAUUUUAGGUAGGGUCUUGAUAAUUUAUCAAACAAUGAGCGUGGUCUAGAUCCUCUCUUUUUCUUUUGAAAAGCGUCUUGGGAUGGCGACUGUUGUGAAUAGGUGCUAUAUAAAUACAAUUUGAUUAAUUGAUUGAUUUAGAAGUUGACCUUAAUCAUGAAUAUGAAAAAUCAAGCAGAUCGAAGACUGAAUGACGGAGUUAAAGUGACUUCCUGUUUCAUGGCCGAACACCCAAGUCCGUUCAGUUGUUCAUCCUGUAAAAUGACAAAAACUGACAGUCACCUAAAAUUUAUGGACUUCCUGUUGGGAGUUUUUGGAGUUUUUGUGGGUUUCAUGCAUGGAGGGUGAACCUAGUUGAGGUGCUAAUGUUUUGAAGAUUUUAGGGUGAUGCAUCCUGUCAAUCUCAGUAACCUUGUGGGAUUAAAGUCACGCUGAUAGACCAGCGUGGAAUCAAAACCUCUAAAAUAUCAGUUUUUUUCCCCCCAAUUCUUGUGUGAAGUUUGGACCUGUUAAGACAUGUUCAUGCCUCCAGUGGGGCUCUUGCGCUGUACAGUACCCCGGCCCCUUAUUUCUGCUCUUUUUGUCUUAUUGUUUCAUUUUAAUUGACCACUUUAUGUUUGUUCUGCUCUAUUAUUAUUUGUCAGACACUCUAACUGGCAUCCCACAUUACUGAAAGAGACAAAUCCACUAUAGUACUCUGUAAAAAAAGAGUACAAGCCUGCUCUGUGGUAUCCUAAGUACCCUGACAAACAUAUUGACCGAGCACUUAUAUAACCGAUCAAUGAUAAAUUGAUUUUGAGUCAGACCCCACUUGCUUAUGACAUGAACUAAGUUUCCUUUGAUAUACCAUCAGAUUUUACAGUCUUAAUAAUUUUAUUGCCUCAGUCGGUCACAUUGACGUUAUCACACUGACCGAGGUGAUAACAGUAAUCCUUGUAAAGGUUCAGGUGAAUUAACUACAGAGAGGAGGAGGGCGGACAGUUUUUCUUUGACGUAUGAACAUCGAUGGAAGUAAAACGAGUCUGAGAGGCUCCAUUUUGUGGGACCUCUUUAGGGACAUAAAGAAAAACAAAAGGGUUGAGAUUUAUCUGUUUUGAGUUUGAGUAUCUUCAGUUGUCUCUGUCUCUGAAAUCUCUCCACCCUCAUGGCUAUCUUUAAGUUUGUGAGUCAUGAGUAAAACUUCAAUCUGUUAAAACAAUUUCAAGGGUUUUGAGUUUAAAAAUUGAACUUCCCAAUAAGUUGACUCAGCUAGAGAAAUGACAUGUGUAAGAUCCCCUUUUUUUUUUAUUAAAGUCAAAUUUCCAGAUGAAAGAUCCAAAAUUUAUCAGCAGCAAGACACAUGGGAUUCAGAAGCUGGCAAAGGUUACUGAGAUUGACAGGAUGCAGGAUUUAAAAAUGCUCAUAAACUGGAUUUCCAUCAUGUUGACAAGUUCAAACAAGAAUCAGGCAGUUUGGCUCAGGAACAGAUUAUUAAGUGAAACCAAACGAUUGCUCAACAUUGUUCCCGCAGAGACGACUCUCAGAGCUGCAGUAACAAUGUCUUUUACGUCUUCUUCUGAGGAUAUAAACGAUUUCUGCCGACUUUGCAAAGUCAACUGCAGAAUUAACGGCGUUCUGAAUGAACGGCGCUUUGAAAAGUCCCGCAGCAUGUGUUAGACGUCACCAUCUACACAUGGACCAAUCAGGGGCUGCCUUUCCCUGUUGUGCGGGGAACAGUGGAAACACAGUCACUGAUUGGCCCGGUUAUUUUCUGAUUUCUAAUACUCGCUCCCAAUUGGCCGAAGUCCAGAUUGUUGUGGGAAGGGACGGCAAGCGAUUCACGCAACUGGAUGGCCCAGCCAGGCUAGGGGACACACACACUGGGAGCAAAGUGGGUUUAGUGGGGGGGAAUCGAACCACCAACCUUCCAGUUAUUGGACGACCAAUCUACCUCUUGAGCUACUGUUGCCCAGUAGCUCAGGGGGUAUAGGAGGUGUCCUGUUUUAAAGGAUUUUAGCUGCACACACAUUCACUUUCCAGUUGCAAUCCAGACUCACACAUUUGCACAUGACAAUUCCUGAAGUUCUGUACACGUGUGUAAAUGUAAAGGUCUAACAGUUCACCCACAGGAGACAGGGAUUCUGACUCUGCAGAUCCACCACACUCCUUAAGAUCUGGUUCAUAAUUGUGAACUCCUUUUUUAAGGAGGAGCCUCUUAUAAGAGGUUUCAAAAACAGAAAUGAACAGUGCCAAGAAAAUCAGUCAAGACAGUUAACACAGAACAACCAGAGGCAAAACAAAACAUCAACACAAAACUAAACAGAGCAAGACAACAUAAAACAGUAAUUAUCAAGUCAUGAAAGAAAUCAAGAAAUCUCUCCAGAAAGUCUUUAUGUGGGUGAAACACGACUAAAAGUGGGUCAUCCAGACAUCCAAUUAGAGCAGAGAGCUGGAGAGUACAUGGACAAUUACAGGAGGUGCAAAAGUGGAAGUGACAGUAAUCUCCUCAGCAGGUUGGGCUUUGAUCCCAGGUCCUGUGAAUGGAAUUAGUCAAAAACCGAUGGUCUCUGUUCAUAGCAGCCUCUCUCCUCUCUAACUCAAUAAGUUCUGCACAGUGUUUUGUGGUGGAUUAAAAUAAGAUCAGAGUGAGUCCGAUCCUACAAAAUAGAGCUCUUGGAUCUUUGUGUUAUGAGGAUGUGGUCUAGAUCAGCUCUUUAAAGCAUCUGCUGACCAUUCGUCAUGAAUUGCUGUUAUUUAGAUUAAGAUUGACAGUUAGUUGGCUUUCCUGAACUUCCACAACCACCUACGAUCAAAUCUGAGUUUUCUGCUGAGAACUUUCAUGUGUAAAUCUAAACACAGAGUUACUGUAGAUUCAUAAAUAACAGCUGACGUGUACAUGUGCUGUGAUUUAGUGUAACUGACUCCACUUGACGUGAUCAUUCAGGACUGUCUGUUUAUGUCCUCUGGGGUUGAAGGUGUCUGUUCAAUGAUCUGAAUGGAGCCACACAUGUUCACUGUAGUUUCCAGCUCCUCGUCUUUACUGAAAUCAAACUCUUAUGUGAAAAGUGAAAGCAGCCCUGAGGCUUGGCUUCACUCAGCUGGACUUUGACUCUGUGUACUUUGGCUGCUGUGUGUGUUGGUGUGGAUUUGAACCCUGUCCGAACAGAUAGAGCGAGGUGUUGAGCAACAUGUAGGCACCAGAUGCUUCAUUUCCCCGAGCUCAUGAGUUUUACUGUGACAGAGCCGACACUCCCCCACAAACUAAAAUAUAUUACUCUGCUACUUAGUGAAAAAGUAAAAAUGUAUGAACGCAAUGACCUCCACCGGGAUCCACGAUAGUCGUAACGCCACCCAGUGGAAAUAAAUGGUACUAACUUUUAUAUACAUGAUCAGAUUUGAUUCAGAUUUCACAGGAUUGAUGAUGUUGCAACCUGAACUUAUACAAGUAGAUACAUUUUUGACACCAUAAAAGCACCACCUACUGGUAACAAGGGGUAAAUACUGCUAUAUUGGCUACUUUUUCCAGUCCUAGUGGCCAAAUCUUCUCACAACCACUCUGUUUUGGAAGAUAUGGGUAUGUUCGUUCGUUCGCUCACUUCCCGCCUAUCUGGCUCACGGGGGUAGCAGCUUCAGGAGCAAGCCCAGACGGCCCUCACCCCAGCCACUUCCACCAGCUCCUCCGGGGGGAUUCCUAGGCGCUCCCAGGCCAGGCGAGAGAUAUAAUCCCUCCACCUGGUCCUGGGCCGGCCACGAGGUCUCCUCCCGGUGGGACAUGUCUGGAACACCUCUAAUGGGAGGCGUCCAGAGGGCAUCCUCACCAGAUGCCCGAGCCACCUCAGCUGACUCCUCUCGACGUGGAGGAGCAGCAGUUAUACUCUGAGCGCCUCCCGAGUGUGAUGUGGAUCAGCGCCUCCAAGUCCGAGGCCAUGGUCGUUAGUCGGGAAAAGGUAGAUUGCCUUCUCCGGGUCGAAGGGGCAGUCCUGCCUCAAGUGAAGGAGUCCAAAAAUCUUGGGAUCUUGUUCAUGAGUGAAGGUGGGAUGGGGAGGGAGAUCAACACACGGAUCGGAGCGGCGUCAGCAGUGAUGCGGACGCUUAACCGAUCUGUCGUGGUGAAGAAAGAGCUGAGCCGUAAGGCGAGACUCUCGAUUUACUGGUCGAUCUACGUGCCGAUCCUCACCUAUGGCCAUGAACUUUGGGUAAUGACCAAAAGAACAAGAUCAUGGAUACAAGCGGGUGGAAUGGGUUUCCUCAACAGGGUGGCCGCGCUCAGCCUUAGAGAUAUGGGUAUGACUGGUAUUUAUUAGCUGUCAUGUUGGAGCUGGAUCUUAUCCAGGUUUGCGUUGAUGUUUUUGCUCUCCUUGCUUCAGGUUUGUGCAGGAAUGUAGACAAACAGAUAACUCUGAGGCUUUAUCUCCAGACUUGGCUCCGGGGAUGAUGGUGCGAUCAUAUCAGAAGUUAAAAUCUUGUCAACAAAAGUGAAAUCUGAUUAUAUAUUUUACUGCUCAGACCACCACGCUGAGACCUCUGAUCAAAAGUUCACAUCGUCUACACGUACUUGUUUAACAUCAUAUCUGUCUUGUCGUGUCAGACUAUGUUGAGGUCGUAAAUCACAGCUCCCACAUGACAAUUUGAGCUCAUGUUUGCAGAAUCAUGAAUGUAAACCCCUCCGACUUACAGCCUCAGCAGACUACCUAAAAGCAGCUUUAGCCGCAGACUGAGGGGUUUUGAAACUUGCCGAGUGGACAUCAUGUGAUGUUCUGCCUCCAUAUUUGUCCAGGACAAUGCAGACGAUGACGAGCCCAAACUGGACUGCAAGCAGCAGCAGAAAAACAUGCCCCAGGAACUCACCCUUCUCCAGUUCCUUAAAAGUAAGAGUCAUUUUCUUUUUUUAUCUCCUCUGUUUCUCGUCUGAUGAGGUUUCAGCUGAGGCAACACGAGGGCAACGACGGUAAACAAGGAUGAGGCUCUGGUUUCAGAAAUUUAACCCAAAUGGUCAGGGUUAAAAUCCUUGAAACAACAACCGUUUGGUUUGACAGUUGUUAGACUCUGAAAUUUAACCUUUAAGUGCUCUAACUGAUCCAUCAAACUGUGAGCAUGUUUUUUCUUUCGGGAUAUAUCUUCAGUUUGAUGUACCUGCCAUCCCCAACUUUUCACACACUGAAUGAAACCUCUCAGUGAUAUUUUAUCUCAAUCAAAGGGAUGUUUUUUUUUUUUUUGGUAAUCUGACUAUCUGAAGGGAUUUGCCUGUUCCUGUUAGAAACGUUCCCCUAACCGUCCCUCUCUGUCCUCCAGGUUUUCCUCAUAUCGCUCUGCGUACAUUGCGGAGUCCCAUCUACCUGCUUGUGGUUCUGGCGCAGGUCAACUUGGCGGCGCUGCUGGCUGGACUCGCCACAUUUAUGGCCAAGUUCAUUGAGAGACAGUUUAGCCAGACAGUGUCCUUCUCCAUCAUGAUGAUAGGUGAGAGUGUAAACCAAACCGGUCUUUUGGAGUUGGAAUCAUGUUCAAUGAAAACUUCGAACUGAAGAUGUCUUCCUGGUUUCUUCCUUUCAGGAGGAGUUUGUAUCCCUCUGGCAGUGCUGGGCACCGUCCUGGGUGGAGCUCUGAUGAGGCGGUUGAAUCUCUCAGUCCACAGCGCCAGCAAGUUGUGCACAGCUGCUAUCUUCCUGGGUCUGCUCUGUGCUGCUCCGCUGCUGUUCAUUGGCUGUAAAACUCAGGAGGUUGCUGGAGUCUUCCCAAGGUACCAGCCGCUUUGAUUUCAUGUGCCCCGAGAAAACGUUUAUUUCAAUACAAGCUAGUUUUACCUCAUACAGUAACUGGUGUUUGUGUUUUCAGCACUGAUAAGUUGUCGUGCAAUGCGAGCUGUCAGUGCGCUCAGGAGGCCUUUAAUCCAGUCUGUGGAUCUAAUGGUAUCGAGUUCAGAUCUCCCUGCCAUGCUGGCUGUACUGCUGUAGAGAUGGACACCGACAACAAAGUAGCUGUACGUAUUCUACUUUAAAAUCAAUGUGCACGUUUUUAUCUCUGCUUCUCGGUAACCCAGCGCUCAUCAGUCAUGGUAUAAUCAGAUAAUAUCACUUUUCUUCUUUCACAGCUGUAGAAGCUGCUUAUCUUUUCUUUUUUAGCUCUUCCAAAUGUAAUUAUCCUCUCUUAGUGUUUCUCCCACAAUCACACCCUGUCCCUGGAUUUAUUCACAUUCCAGCUCCCCAACAGCUAUUUAUGUGUCAGUGGUCCUGAGUGAAAACAGACAGCUUUUCAAUACACGCUGAAGCCAAAUACAACAACCUGCUGAAUAAGCAUGCAUGUAGAGCGUCUGUUGAGUUCCUUAUACUGCAAAUGAAAAACUAUUAAGCAUGAUAUAUUUAUGUUCCUCAACACCAGGUUAUAAUGAUAAAGAUCUGAGAGAUUUCCAUGUGAAUCUUCAUCAAACUAAACCUAAACAUGUUGGCUUGCCAUUACAGUAUAUGUACAAUACAUGGGAACAGCAAUAACAAGAUAAGUGUUUCUCAAAACGUACAGGUGUUUUUUUGCCAUCUUUAAGACGAAGAAUACACACCAUUGAAAUAAGAAGCACUUACAAAAAGCUUUAAUAUAAAAGAGAGAAACCCACAGAUCCAUGUGGACAGGAGGUCUAAAGCCGGCAGGAAUAAACACUGUUUUUUACGAAUAUCCACUUACACGUAAGCAGUUUACUGUGAAGGGUCAGGGCCACUAAAAAGUCUAAAUUCUGAGAAAAACAUCGUCAGAAUACUUUUUACUUUAGAUAGAAACUUUUUUAUCUGCUCAGAAUUCCAAAUUGGAUCUUCAAAUUUACCCUUAAAUCCCAGAAUUGUGAGGGGGGAAAAUUGCAAGUCUUACUGAGAAGAACAAGAUCAGAGAAAAAGUCAAAAUUAAGACUGUAAUCUCAGUAUAAUUUUAGGAUUCUGACUUCGAUCUCAGAAUUCCAAAUUUAUCUGAAAAUUUUGACUUCAGUUUAAGAAUUCUGAGCGAAAUCUCACCCCCAAUUUCCACCGCAUCCAGAACGGCUAUGAAAAGGCCGUAUCCACCGAUCGUACCUGAUUGUAACCAUUCAAGUUAAUGUGUCAGUUUUCACCAGCUUCUUUCCAUUCCGCUGCGGAUCGCCAGACUCCACAGCUGAUCGCAAGAGUUCUAUUUUUUCCGUAUGCUGGAGCAUGCCGGAUAAAUUCAGCACAGAUAAACCCGUGCUGGAAAGGAAGUCGGGCACAGACACGAAAUAAAACAUCCGGCUUCUUUUCAAAAUAAAACACUCUGUGUUUCAGGCAGAUCGUAUUUCACACCAUGCAAACGGGCGGAGAUGAACAAGUGAAAGUUUUUUAGACGUCAUUUCAUCCCAAUGACACCAUGGAUGAGGAGAUGCUGAUUCUAGAAGUUUAGAAGUAGAUUUCCUUCUAAUCUACUGCGUAUAUGGUUAGCCUCUGUGGCAAGAGACAACUUGUUGUCUCACAAUUGCACGUGAAUCCGCAGGUUCUAGUUAGUUCUUGCAAUUCCUGCUGUUAGUAAUCCGCCAAGAAAUUCGCCUCACAAACUGAUCGGUGAAAAUUGGGGGUCAGAGUUCUACGAAAAAGUCAGAAUUCAGACUUUGAUCUCAGAAUUUUGACUUUUGAAUUUUUUAUUCCUGAGAAUUCCGUAAUUUGAUCAAAGAACUAAUUCCGGAACUCUGUGAUGAAAGUUAGAAUCCUGAGAUUAAACAUGAAAUGCUAAGAUGAAUGGAAGAGUUUUAUAACAAAGUUUGGAAUUCUGUUAUUAAAAUCAGAAACAUGACAUCAGUCUUUGAGUUCUGGCUAAAGACAAAAUUAUGACAUUGAUUUUUUACAAUUCUGACUUUUAAGAAAAAAAACCAAACAUUGUCGCAAUCAGUUUUUGACAUUCAGACUUUAUGUCGGACUAAUACCGUUAAAUAGAUUGUUUUUUGUAGUUUAGUUAAUGAUCACAACAUAAAUAGACCAGUUUUUCUCAGCUUAAUGCCGUUUAAGUUUUAUGAUUCACAAACUGUUAACCAUAACCAUGACGCUGAAUGACUCGCAUAUCGUUUUACACUUUUCAUGUCAAAGUAAAAACCAUCCUGGUGUUUCUGUGGACGACACACCAGAAAGAUAACCGCCUUAUUGCGCUCUGUUUUUCUAACCUGGUUGCUGUGGUCGCUAAGCCCCGCACACUUUUGGUCUUAAAUCAGAUUCCUGAAUGAGUCAGUUAAACCCUGUUAUAAUUACUCCCCUCAUACGCUCAGAUUUACUCAGAAUAACCUCCCGCUCAUGCUUAAAAACCUGCUGUAAUGAUGAUUUACUGCGACCUCCAGAUGGAUUUUUCACAGCUGUGGUGGAUUUGUCACCUCCUCUUCGUAUUUAAGAGCAGCGUUGAGUUACUUUAGUGUUUUAAAUUACAUUCUUAUUUUAAUGUUUGCAGUAAUUCUGUUUUUUUCUGUUGGAAAGUGAAAGUCAAAGCUGGAAUUUAAACUGCUCAGAUAUUCAGACAGUUGCACCACGUCCACUUCUUUUCCCAAGUAUCUCAGUUAAAAUAUUUACUCAGUUGGAUAAAAUCUCCUAGUUUUAUUUUCACUGUCUUAUCUUCUUCUCUGGAGCUUAAGUUUCACUUUUAGUCGCUUUCUGUAGCCUGGGGAAAAAACCUGGGGAAACAUUGUGAACAGAAAACAUGAACACAAUACUCAUCAACCACGUCUCUACACAAGAAGAGAGAAAAUACUGCAUGAAUCAGGAGAGUAUGUGAGGACAGAAAAUUGCCAGAUUUCAACAAAUCUGAUUAAAUAAUGAGUAAAAGGCACGAAAACCUUUCCCAGUAUUUCUUCAUCCUUCAGAUGUGAAACAAGCUGAAAUAUCUGACCAGUGACUAAAACAGCUGAAAAGUCUCCUCUGGAUGCCCACUCAGUAUAAAAAUUUUUUGAUUCUGUGACAUUCAAGUCUUUUUUUCUUUCGUGGUCUGUCAUUGUAUCAGCUUUAAAAUGACCAUGUGAUGGGAACGAGUCAAACUGAACUCAAUCAAGUGGAAUCAGUUGUUAGAUGUUUUAAGUUUGAACCCUGUGCAGGAUGUUUACAGCCUCUUUGUGCUCAUGCAGAACUACACAGGCUGUCAGUGCAUUGGUAGAUUUGGCGUCGCCUCCCCGGGGACCUGUGGCAGUGGAUGCUCCCACCUCCUCCUCCCCUUCAUGGUCCUGAUCGGCCUCACAGCCUUCAUCGCCUCCUUCUCUCAGACGCCGUCCUACAUGAUGAUCCUCAGGUGACAUACAUGAUAAAUUUAUAAACUUCAUACCAAAGUAGUAUUGUGUCUGGGUAACGAUUCUCCAUGUAAGGAACUCUCAUAAACUGCAGUUCCACCAGUGGCCACUAGAGGCUGUCUCCAAAAGUGAGUCAGACUCCAUAGAGCCCCAUUUAAAAACUGAUCCUCUUAACAGCAGAAACGAACAUGUUCACAGCCUGGUAUGAAGACAGUUUUUGUCUCUGUUGCUCAUUUCUUUGUUCAUGCCCACACCUUAACAUUCAAAUAUGGAUUUACACAAUAAUCAAACCACAAAACAUAGAUCAGAAAAAGAGAAAUUAUGCCAACAAAUACUUUACAAAUCACUGACUGCUCAAUUUUUCACAGAUUUUGACCUGAAAGCUGAAUCUCCUUCACCACACACCGGAAAAGCUGGUUUAGAUUUUUUUAGGACUUAAUUUUCCUGGAAAUGAAUCGGGCCGAUGGUAUUUCUUCCUCCACAGACUUCAGCACUAAGAUACUUUCACUUUAACACUCCCCACAACUAGUGACAGGAAUAUCAGGGAUUGUUCACAGCUGCAGAAAGUUAAAUGAAAACCCAGAUGACAUCAACAAAGCUCUGGGACACUGUUGGACAAGAGGAAGCGCUCAGAAUCAGGAGGAAUUUAUUAGAGAAGACGGGUGAGGUUCAGGGAGGGGGAGUUUAGAGACUUUUACAUUUUUACCUCACAUUGACAUCUUAUCUAACUCUCAUAAAUCUGAUUAAAAAGAUGUCCAACAGCUCUUUCUCCUCUGAGUCAGACACUUCAGCAGUUGUGGUUCCACCUGGUCCUCGUUCUAUAAUCAGCUCCAGGUGAAUCAAACUGCUGCUUUAACGACUGAGCAGAACAAGCUGAGGGUUUAUAAUCUCAAACCCACGCUCAACGUUUGUCAACAGACAGUCGAUGCUUCAUGGGUUUUUAUAAGUGUCAGAGUAAAUUGAAAUUUUCUUCAACUAGUAAACAUAACAUUGGUUUAUGCACUGAGAAAAAAAAAGUCAGACCGGCAGCUUUAAGAGGAUUAACUGAUGUGUUUUCUUAUCGGCUCAGAAGAAUGAGAAGUCAGAGUGAAGCCUCUGUGUAACUUGCAAUAAAACUGAGACUCACCUAAGAAAAAACUGACAUUGCGAUUUUUUCAACCCUGCGAUAUAUAUUGUAAAUGUUUUAAAAGAUACAGGAAUUUUCACCAGAUGAUCUGAAAAACACUUUCUGCUGAAAUCUUGAGGACAGUUAACCUGCACUGAUCUUACCUCUUUUUGUGAAUGUUAGUAGAAUGGCUUCUGUCUGUCUUAGAGACAUUGUUAGUUCGACACAACUGUAACAAGGGGCUCUAUGGGACUGUACUCACAUUUGAAGACGGCCUCUAGUGGACACUCCAGGAACACCUCCUUGUGCAGCUCCCCAUGCUCUCUUCACUGUUCGACAAACAUCUGCACUAGACCAACCAGAACAGAAACACAACCUGACGAAAGACAACCCAGAACAAAAACAUCUUUAUCUUAUCACUUCUGCCAUCAUCCACCAAUCCUUCACAAGAUUAGCAGCUGCAGGAAACCCAACAAACAUCUCCACAGAUGACUGCAUGCUCACUCUCAUAAAUAACCCCUGUCGUCAAAUUUAUGUUGGUGUUUGUCUCUGCUGCAGGACGGUGCCUGCAGAAGACAAGUCUUUCGCGGUGGGAGUCCAGUACAUGCUCUUCAGAGUGCUCGGUGAGUCGACUAGUCAAAGCAUGCAUGCUUGAAAAAAAAAUACACAACUCUCUAUCAUGAUACAAACAAGAACGGUUUGUCUGCUUCAUCCAGCCAGAGUUGGGAAUUUGUGGUCUGUCUUGUUGUUCCUGACCACAAAUAAUCACUAUCAAUUUAUCAUGUUAAUUAAUUACAGAAAAAACAAUGCAACAAAAAAACAACACUUAAAUUGCAAUUUAUUUUGGCACUCCAAAUGGCACGAAACAUUUCUCAUUGCACAAGUUCCUGGUCUACAUGUAAUAAUGAUGCACAGGACACAAUGCGAGAAACAAAACUGGAAACAGAUGAGAGGUUGUAGCUGGGUUCAGUGGUGCGCAAAAUUGUGCAAGAAAGAAUUUGACGUCACCGCUGCUCUUCCAGCCUCAAUGCCGAACAUGUUGCUGCUCCCACAGACAGCGUUUCGAGUUUGAACCGUCAGUAUCGCCAGUCCACAUGCGACAAGAUGACACAGUUCAGUCGGGUUUAUAGAGAUAAAGUUGUGUUUAUUUUCAUCAUUGAGUUUUAACAUCGAGUGCAAUAAGAAUAGGAAUAUUAUGAUUGCAUUGUUCACAAAUGUACAAACUUGAAUGUAAGUUAGCUAUAUUCAAGUUUUUUCACAAGAAUCUUAUAAAAACAAAGUUCAGUCAGGACCACUUUAGUCAAAAUUAAUUAUUUAUUACAAGCAAACAUUUUUACAUCGGCGGUAUGGCUCUGUUCUGAGAGUUCCCUGCCCUUCCAUGCGCUUGCAUGGAACACCACGGCUAUAGAGGGCAGAGCUCCUCCCCUCCCUUUCAUGCGUAUACAUGAAAAGCCAAGGCAGAGAAAGCAGCAGCAAAUAAAUACGAUUGAGAUAAAUAAAUAAAAAUCCCCGCACAGAACAGAGCAAGCAUCAGUGACAAUACAUACGACACUGGUGAGAUCAGACACAACAUAAACAGGAGCGGUUGCAGCACGCAGAGUAGGCAGGGGAAGCAGUUAAAACAGGGCGCCAUUUUGACAUUAGCCAAUAGGAUGUGAAGAGGGCGAUCACCUGAACUGUCAGCUGACUGAGGGCUGGUUUAAGAUCAGCUGACUGUGGCCUUUAGCCUUAUGCUUCAUUUAUUUUAGACAUUGGAAGUUUACCAAAAGUUGUGGAGAGAAUUUCCUGGAGUUUUUAGGAGUUCAGUGUGAAUCACGAUCAUCUGCGUUUUCAUUGGUUAAGGAGGUCAGGGGCUGAAAAUACAAUGCUGUCAAAAUGUAAAUGCAGUAAUCUGUGAGUCUUUGUGUGUUUGUGUGCAGCAUUCAUGCCAGGUCCGGUGUUGUACGGUUGGGUCAUCGACACCACCUGCAUCCUCUGGGGCAAAAAGUGCGGCAAGCAGACCUCCUGUCUCUACUACAACCUGGACCUCUUCAGACAGAGGUGAGCUGCUGCUCUGAGAGUGAGUUUGAGGAGUGUUCUGGUUUCUCUGUGGUCUGAGAUCCGUCAGGUAAAAAUUGUCAGUAUGGAGAGCAAAAGCAGGAGGAACACCGUCAAAGUUACAGGUUGUUUGUAUCAUAGGAGGCGGGAAUGCUGCAGUCUGGAGAAACACAUCUGAACCCGGCAGCAGCUCCUAGAAUCGCCCCUCUAUGUUAAAAAUAUUGAGUCCUUCUCUGUCAGAUUUAUGUUUUAACCACGGAAAGUCCGGUCAGAUUUUAUCCUGAAUCUGCUCCUCAAACCUCAAACCUCCAAAUCCAUCUCCACAUGUGUGUCUGUUCUCUGCAGGUUCCUGGGUCUACAGACAAUCUUUGUUUGUGGGGGGCUGCUCUGUUUCCUGCUGACUAUCAUGGUCCUGCGGAGAAGGGGCGGAGGUCAGGGGUCAGAGCCGGGCCACAGGGGCGGGUACGAGCUGGUGACAGAGCAGAAAUCACCGGAAACCAAGGGGGCAGAACUGACGGGAAUCAAAACCUUAGGGAAGACCACAUGAGGACACGGGACAGCAACACAGAGGAGGACAAAGAGGAGGAGGAAGAGGAGGAGCUCAGAGAGAUGCUGCUGAAGCUGAAAGUUCCUAAGACUGUUGGGUUUCUCCACUUUUCCUUUAAAGGAGCAGUCCGCCUGUUUAUCAGGCUCAGACAAUGUUUCUAAGUACUCAACAUACUCACACUGAGAGCAACAGAUCACACGACGAACACUGUGUCAAUAUACUUUAAAAAAAAUCAAGAUUAAAUAACAUUUACAGGAGUGUCAGUAAAAGAUACCUAUAUUUUUGGAGUAUUUUUUAUUCAGACAUACACAUAUUAUCAUUUAUAAGCUACUGCAGAUAAAUAUAAGGCUUAUUUUUAAUCACCUCUGGUAAGCUAAGUUUAAAAGAAUCAUAUAAAUAAAAAAUAAAUUACAUUUUAUAUCUGAAGAUCUUAAAAUUGGUGUGAUGUUGGCUCUCCUGUUGAAGCAAAAAGCAUCUGUACUUAUGAUGGAGUCACACUGGACGCAAAGGCAAUCUGAGGUGCUGGAAAAUUCAAUGUGAAGUCAAGUCAGAACGAAGACUUGUGAAUAUUUGGUGAAAAUAGAAGAAAGAAGAAGAAAACAAGUAUUGACUUUGGCCCCAGACUGAAGUGGCGAGGAGGAAUUUUGUGUCUUUAAUGAGCCACUGCUUUAACAAUAAUGUUUGUGUCUCCAAACAGAUGAUACAAAGUGCGUUUGACGUUAUAAAGUUACACAAAGUUCAUCUUUUUAACACCAAACAUGUAAAUCUGUGAUAACUUUGUUUUUUUUUUAACCAAAGAGGAGAAAACCAGAAUGUGAAUGCUAUAAUUUGUACACUGAUAGUCUUUCUGUGAAGGGUUUUUUAAAGAAUAUUUUAAUCAAUUAUAGACAUAUGUACAUAUAUUUUUUUAGAUAUGACUUUUUAUCCAGAGAGUUUUAUGAUCUUACUUUUUAAAAAUGUGUCACCUGAGACACUUAUAUACGACCGACCACCUAAGAAAAGAGUUUUAUACUACUCUGAAAAUAUCUUGAGUUUGAAUACUUUUUAUUUUUCUAUUGAUGAUAUUUUUGUACCUGUUGUUUAAUAAAACAAGAUGACAACAGAAAAA